AUGGAGAGAAAGCACGCCGGGGUUCACAGAAAGCUGCGAGACCUCAUAAGGCACGAGACGAAGGACGACGUGAGAAGAGAAGAUUUUCUCCUUACGGUGUGUGCUGCCCACAAGCUGAAUUUAGUAGUAUUAGACCAAACGGGACUCGCUUUCAACCUAACAAAUGCCCUUGUGAAAGAACUGCAUAAUUUGUUGGGUUCUACGGUUGCAACAAGAGCUCGGGUAAUUUAUGCCGAAACAGCUGAGGACAUGGGCUUCCCCGUCCUACAAAUGGACGCACUCCAUGCAGUUAGGUGGGCAGCAAGAUUGCAAAAUUCCGUUUCCAAGAUUCUCCGUGAAUGUACCCGGUGCUCAUUGAAACCUUGGAAAGACUGGGCAAAGACAGCAAAAACAAAAAGCCGAGCCAAAGGAGCAGCAUUUGCUUUGAAAGACGGUCACACCUUCAUCAUACUGCACCAUGUGAAUGCAACUCUCUCCUAUUUCGCGAGGCUCUCGGAAGCUCUCCAAAAUGAAGAAGCAUUGAUGGUUGACUACCUUUCCCACUGGAGGCAAUUCGAUUUUCUGCUCAGCCAAGAGACCUUAAAAAAUCAAGUGUAUGAUUAUCUCGCUGACAGUGGGCUACUCGCUUCAUACGACACCCAAAACGGUCAAUAUCACGGAGUGAAUUCCGCGUUCUUGAAGACCUACUAUACGCUUCCCGAUGACCGUGCUUUGUCUCAAAAGAAGUUACUUGCCUAUGCCCCCUACUAUUUCGCUGACUACAACAGAUUAGCCGUACAGCAUAUCCCGGCUGAACGGAGAGAAGAAACAGCAUCGCUGAGGGGAAAACAAAAAUUUCGACCUCUUGAAACUGUACAAUCUUUGGCCUCUCAACUUUCGGAAGCAGCAAGACAAAUAAAGGAUUGCGUCAACGCCUUGUACGAAGAUGUGCGAAAAAGUUUCCGACACUAUAUGGAGCCCGAAAAGCGUCCCACAGAAGCAACUGCUUCGUUCCCCUACGCAUUGGAUAGACAUAUCAUCCUCGACAUCAUUGAAUGCAAUGGCGAUUACGAAUCCUUCAAAAACUGCAUUCUGCCCGACACCUCUGCGGCAACUCGUGGAUAUCCUGUGUAUAUUGACGACGAAGGCAAUGUGGAUAAAACUAAACGACAUGAGCUUGUAUUGCAAUCUAUCAAUGCCAUUGAAAAAUUUUGCUCCUUACCGGGAUCAAAAAAGCAUUUCAUGGAAUUCUACAACACAAUCGCGACAUCAGUCACGAGAAUGACCACAUGGCCUACUAACCUGCGAAAAGACAGAACUAGUAUUCGGUUCUACCAAACGCUGCUCAACAACGCCAAGGACCUGGAGAUUCCUCCUAUCGUACGAAAGGCGAUAAAAUGCAUACUUGUGAUUCCUGCGAGUAAUGCUGACCCUGAACGCAGUUUCUCACAAGCAAAUAGGCUGACAAGAGGCGAACGAGGGAAUUUGGGAAAUAAAACUUUGAAUGAUCUCAUGGCAAUACAACGCGACGGACCCAGUGUCCUUACCAUCAGGCCUAGAACGUUAGUGGACCAGUGGAUAAAACCACGCCCCGUGCUGGGACUUAAACAACACAUGCCAUCGACAUUCGAUAGAUCGGAUAGCUUCAUGAAACAAGGAAUAAUGUCUGAUGAAGACGAGGACGUUGUAGGUGGAUGCAUAACGCCGUCAUUUAACAAGCUGAAUAUAAAGUAUCCAGAACCUGGUGAUCGAUUUGAAAAAUCGGUUUUGAGAUUUCUGAAGUCAACAGUGGACGCCAGAAUGAAGAUACAGGCACUGUGGAUCAAGAAACUCAUCGCGAGACUGCAAAGAGAUUUUGACAAGCUCCUCAAAUUCUGGGAGGACAUCGAAGAUACUCACAUGCAUCUCAACAAGAUCUAUGAGCGACUUGGACUACAAACUAUUCCACCCCUCCCCUCUAAUCAGAAGUUACACCUGAUCGCAGACUAUCUCAGGAGCGAAUCCUUUUUUGAUCGAUAA